AUGGGCUCAAUCGAUGAUACCAUCAACGCCGACGCUUCGUCCGCCCCGAACGGCAGCCUCAACGGCACCCAUAAACCAGGACAUGAUAUUCCCGUCCCUCCCGUAACAGAGAUCCUGGCCUCAUUUGUCGCCGACGCCCCCUCGCAUAUAGCAGAGUACCUCACGCCGCAAGUGCGCUCGCGGCUCAAGGAAUACAUCCUCGACUACAUCGGGGUGACGCUCGCGGCGACGCAAUCAUGCGACUCGACGCCGGCGUUUCUCGCCGCGGUGAAGGCUCUAGGCGGCCACAGCAGCAGCAGCACGGGACCAGACGCGUGCACGGUGCUGGGGGUCGGCAAGUCGUACACGCCGCAGUACGCGGGCCUGUUGAACGCGGCGCUGGGCCACUCGCUCGACUUUGACGACACGUACGCCAAGGGUACGCUGCACGCGGGCGUGACGGCCAUUGCGGCGGCGUUCGCGCAGGCGGAGUCGUCGGGCAGCACGUCACCAUCACCGCCGUCGAUGGACCUCGUCCUCGUGGCCAUCGCGACAGGCUACGAAAUCACAUGCCGGCUGGGAGCGGUGUUGGGACCCGAAGCCUACGCGCGCGGCUUCCACAACACGAGCACGGCGGGCAUUUUCGGCGCCGUGGCCACGUUGGCCGUGCUCAAACGCCUGUCCCCCGCGGUGGUGUCCAAUGCCUUCGGCCUCGCGGGUAGCAAGGCCGCCGGGUCGAUGCAAUACCUGGCCAACGGCAGCUGGAACAAACGUCUGCACCCGGGCUUCGCCGUGCACGACGCCUUUGUGUGCGUCGCGCUCGCCGAGGCCGGCGUGCUGGGCGCGGCCCACAUCCUCGAGGGACCCAUGGGCUUUCUGCACGCGUACACGUCCAAACCCACCAUCGCCGCCGCGGACCUGGCGUGGCUGACGCACGACCUGGGCGUGAGGUGGGAGUUCCUCGCCACGAGCCUCAAACCAUUUCCCGCGUGCCGCAUGACGCACGGCUUCAUCGAACAUGCCGCCACCUUGGGCGUGGCCGCGGGCCGGGUGCGCUCGGCGGCGGACGUGCGGCGCAUCACCCUCAGUCUGAGUCCGUCGAACGUGCUCGUCGUCGGCGUGCGCUCGCCCAACAAGCUGCAUCCGGGGAACAUGGUCGACGCGCAGUUCAGCGCGUACUUCACCACGGCCAACUCGUUCUUGUACGGCGCCGACGACGCCCGCGGCGUGCAGUGUUAUCGCCCGGACCGGCUGGCGGACCGCGACAUCUGGGCGCUGAGCGAGAAGAUCGUCUGCGUCGGCGACGAGCGCAUCACCCAGUUUGGAUCGCGCAUCAAGGUCGAGUAUGCGGAUGGGCAGGUCAGGGAGGUCGACAUCCCCGUGCCGCUGGGCGAGGUCGGUCGGCCGUUUGGACGCGAGCUGGUCGAGCGCAAGUUUCGGGGCUUGGUCGAGCCCGUGGUCGGCCGGGAGAGGGCCAGCACGAUUGUAGGAGCCGUGGAUGAGUUGGAGCGGUGUACUGUCGGCGAGGUAUUGGGGAUGCUGUGUUAG